AUGGAUAUCGACGAAUUCUCAGAUGACGGCUUCGAUGAUCUUCCGGAUAAUGCGCUGCAAGAACUUGAGGACAAUGCUAUUCAGUUCACCCAGGCGCAAGCCGCCUCGAGAACAGAGGCGCAACCCCCGCGAAACGGGUCUCCCGAGGUCUACUGGAUUGACGAAGAUGACGAUCUCGACACCACCGAAGUGACAAACGAUGCUGGCUUUCCCAUAGGGAGACCUGCUAUAGACAACAAUUUGCCACGGAACGAAGCAUCCCAAUCAUAUUAUGUAGACUCCCGACGCUCAAUCCCGCCUCCAAAUCCACAAUGGAAUCCUGUCGUUGACCCUUCGAAGCGACGUCCCAUGGGACAGCCGAUUCAGCAACAUGUCAAUGCUGCACCGCCCAAUCAGCCCAUGUACACUUCCCAGCAAUUUCAAACACAGAGUUCCAACUUCGCUCGUGCUCAGCCAAGUCAAUUUGCUAGACCUCCCCUCCCUCAAAAUCGACCCGCUGCUCCUGAGCAGUUCCAAAAUCGUCCCGGAGAUGUCGUAUCGGCUCUCCAACAGCGAGUCGUGACUCUCGAGGACCAGCUCAGGGCAGCUUUGGGAGAAGCUUCCAUUGUCCGGUCCAAUUUCGUCAAAUCCAACGAGGUGCAUGCUGCAGAGGUUGCCCGAUUGAUCAAAAUCAAUGCCGAGCAGCUAGCAAAGCAGGAGCGGAUUACCGAGGCAGCUGUUGCCGCUCAACAGAAUGCCGAUACGGAAUUACAAUUUCUUCAGCGCGAUAUGAGGGAGGUCAACAAGCGUGUUCGCCAAAAGGAGCCUGCUGCGAGUGCUUCUGGGGGACUCUCGACUCCCAAGAAAGCAGCGAAGACAUGGGUUGCCGAUGGGUUUGACGAAAUUGAUAUCGCCUUGAGUCCAAGCAAAGGACAAGGACGAGGUAGGAAUUCCGGGGCAAUAGCACUGCAUGUUGGCGAGAGGACACCGACCAAAGGGAAGCGAAAACGGCCGGUGGUCGAUAGUCCUGUAAUGCCAUUAGAAACUCAUACGGACAGCUUUGCCAGUAGCAAUGGUAGAUCGGAGCCUCUAGCUCAACAAACACCGAUUGUGGUUGCACCACCCCCCGCUGUACCAUUCGAGUUUUUGAAACUCGUGCUUGAUCAUGGGACUCAGCGGCCAACCUUUGAUGUGCUAUCUCGUUUUAGCUUCCCAGAUGAUCCAGAAACCUCUUUCUCCGCGAUCGUGUUCCAGAAAAUACCCCUGAUGGGAGAUCCGCAUCGACCAAUGCAAUUGCUCGUGGAUUUUGCGAACCUGAUGAGCGGCAUCUGGACUCGGUGUCAAGCAGAUCAACUGUGGGAACCCAUCAAGUACGUGCUUUCGCUGAUAUCCUUCACCUUCUCGCUUCAUGCGUCAGAAGUCGCUCCCUUUGUAAUUCCCAACUUGGCAGCGCCGGCGCAAGCAACAAUGUGCACCCUUGCUGAAUGGCAAAACCGCAUCCCGGAGGGCGAAGAUCAGUUGAAAAACGCUGAAUUUCAAUCCAUGAAACGGCACAUCAAGAUUGUGGACAUUCUCUCAGUUUUUUACACGUGUUCACUGGCUUGCUCUACUGCACUUGAUGUGACUGAAGACGGGGUCAAGUCUCAGGCGACAAUGUUUUGGAGCUGCAUAUCUCCUGAUCUGGUCUACAAGCUCUUGAGUCCCAAACAAGAGCUGCCCGAUAUCUUGGGAAUGCUAGAGCUAUUAACUACAUGCUCACUCCCAGACUCACUUGGUCCCAUCACGGAGAGAGAAUCUCCUGUGGCUAGUCAUGUCAUCAACCACGUUACAAACAAGUUUACAGAUUACCAUUCAUCGGUCAAGACUCGUGAGCAGAAGAGUACUUUGUAUCUGGCUGCCUUGCGAACACUGAUUUCUUUCUCUCGCUUUCCUUUUGGUGCGAUGGAACUUGCAUCACACAGUCUUGCACUGCCUCGCCUGGUGGCCUGCCUCAGCUCGUCUAUAGAUGAGUUAUACGACCUACCUAUUCCGUCCAACAUUUUGCCGCCCAAUUCCGAGGCGGAUGGCUUGCGAUGGGGAUCGGAGGCGGCUUCGUACUCAGCGAGCCUAUACCAAAUCAUUUCCAAAUGUGUUUUCUUGAUCCAUUCAUUGGUGACCGGCCCCGAUACUGCCAACAUUGCAGAAAUCGGCCAGAAGUUAUCCAUGACGCAUGGUGGAAGCCAGCGAUAUUUACUUGCCCUGGGAAGGCUCACAUUUGCAGAAGAGGAUCUUGUGAUGGAGGCAGGGAUUGACGGAGAGACAGUCGAAGCAGCACAUGAAUUACUUGAACUAGCAAUAACGCCAGAUGAGGGUGAGGUUGUGAGCGGAGCAUUUGGGGUUUAG